UUGGUCCUGACAUUUAAAAUUUUGCUUAAUCGUUUAAAAAAUUAUUAAUUUAUUUUUAGUUUAAAAGUAAUAACAAAUAUUAGUUGAAAAAAUAAACAAGAUAGAUUAUUGAUCUGUAGCCAAGUCCAAUGUUGAUCAGCUGUCAAAUUUAUCAUUGACAGAAAUUAUUGUGUGUGAUUGGACAAAUGCUACAGGCAAGAGUCUAAUGGAAACUAACCUCUGCGCUCUGUUUGUAUUUUAUGACGUUGUUGAUCAAGAACAAGAAACGUGAAUUAUAUUUUUAAUCUCAAGUGACAAACGAAAAAAAUUAAAUACAAACCCAAGAUAAUAUUUGCAAUAAUAAUAAUUUAUUUAAAAAUAAUUUUUUUCAUGUUUGCCCAAGAACUGGAUUUUGCAAAAGUGGCUGGUUGUGUAAAAAUUUUUAAAUAUUUUACUAAUAAAUUCUGCUCUUCAUAAUUAAUUAAUUUUUAAAAAAUCUGGUUACAAAAAAAGUUUUUAUUCAUUCCAACAAAUAAAGGUGACAAGUGACGAUGAGUGACGAUCAUCAUCAACUAAAAAAAUUAAUCACUACUACGUCGAAGCUGAUGACUUGGCUAGACAUUUAUUAACUUAAAUAUUUAUUAUUAUUUGAUAAAUAAAUUUAUAUUUUAUUAUUAUUAUUGUUUAUAAAUUUUAUUGUAACUGAAAUGUUUCGGAGUCGCAGUUGGUUCGGUGGUGGCUUGUGGAAACCUAAAAACCCACAUUCACUUGAACAUCUUAAAUAUCUUUAUAAUGUCUUAUCAAAAAAUCAAACAGUGUCUGACAACAAUAGAGGUCUACUUGUCGAGACCCUUAGAUGUAUUGCUGAAAUUUUAAUCUGGGGUGAUCAGAAUGACAGCAGUGUCUUUGAUUUCUUUUUAGAAAAAAAUAUGCUGUCGUUUUUUUUAAGGAUAAUGAAACAAAAAUGCGGUAGUUAUGUAUGUGUUCAACUUCUUCAAACGCUCAAUAUUUUAUUUGAAAACAUAAGAAAUGAAACGUCAUUAUAUUAUUUGUUGAGUAAUAAUCAUGUAAAUAGCAUAAUUGUGCACAAAUUCGACUUUAGCGACGAAGAAGUUAUGGCUUACUACAUUAGUUUUCUAAAGACAUUGAGUUUAAAAUUGAAUGCGCAUACCAUUCAUUUUUUUUAUAACGAGGUAAACAAGCAUACAAAUGAUUUUCCAUUGUACACUGAGGCCAUUAAAUUUUUCAAUCACUCGGAAGGUAUGGUGAGAAUAGCGGUACGAACAUUGACAUUGAAUGUAUAUCGUGUUGAAGACGCUUCGAUGCUUGCUUUUAUACGUGAUCGUACGGCGGCUCCGUACUUUAGUAAUUUAGUUUGGUUUAUCGGAAAUCAUAUCAUUGAACUUGAUACAUGUGUUCGAAAUGACGCUGAUCAUCAGAGUCAAAAUAGAUUAGCAGAUUUAGUAGCGGAACAUUUAGAUCAUUUACACUAUUUGAAUGAUAUUCUUUGUUUAAAUAUAGAAGAUUUAAACGCAGUGUUAUCGGAACACUUGCUCCAUAAAUUACUUGUUCCUCUAUACGUUUACUCAUUAACGAAAUCAAGAAACCAAUCAACUCAUUCACAUCAAGAUGAACGUAAACAUGUCAGCGUUGUUGUAUCACUUUUUUUACUGUCUCAAGUAUUUUUAAUUGUCUCAUAUGGACCUCUCGUACGUACAUUAGCCUCGAUUAUUUUAAAAUCCGACUCGGCAAUAAUUGAAAAUGGAGCGAGUAGAGUCUUAGAAGAGUAUGAUGUCACGAUUGAUAAGUCAAUUGUUUUCGGACCACCUGCAGAGAGUUUAGAAAAGUCAUUAGAGAGUUUGAGUGCGAUAUCCGAAGCUCAGAGUCCGACUGUGGAUCUAGUGUCAUCGAACGAUUCGCCACCGCUUAGUUGUACGAGCGACGAAUUACCUGAGUCUUCAGAUUCGGAUGCUGUGAGACCAGAUAAUUUCGAUGACAAAAUGAAACAUCUUAAUAUUACGGACGAAGAAAAAGAACAGAGAUUAGCUCUCGAGAGUCCUGUCUUAUCUAAACAAAUUGCUGAUAGUUUAUCUAAUGGCCCUAUUGUCUCUAGACCUUUUCUUGACACCAUUUUAAAUUCAUUACAUUGUACGGAAAAUGAUUAUGCGGCACUUUUUGGACUUUGUUUGCUUUACGCUCUUAUAAGUAAUGAGGGCGUUAAAAAUGAAGCACUUGAUUUGAUGUCAUGUAUUUCUGGUAAAGAAGCAUCAAGUAAUUGGUACAAUGAAACACUAGUAGGAAAAUUAAUUCAAGUUAUUUCAAUGAGCUGCCAAAACAACGCUAAAAUACGACUUGUAACAUUGGAAUUAUGUACAAAAUUAUUGUUAAAAAUCGUUAUGUCUGAUGGACAAAGUUUACUAUGUGAUGCUCAUUUAGCGGCAAUUGAAUCCGCGCGAGAACAAAGCACUGCAUUGCUGAGAAAUUUUUAUAAAAGUGAAGAUAUUUUUUUGGAUAUGUUUGAAGAUGAAUAUGUUGAGGUGCAAAAAAAACCAUUGAAUGUCGAAUGGUUAAUGAUGGACAGUAAUAUUUUAUUACCUCCAACUGGUACACCGAUGACUGGUAUUGAAUUUACAAAGAGAUUGCCCUGUGGUGAGGUCGAGAGAGCUCGCCGAGCAAUUAGAGUGUUUUUUUUAAUCCGUGAGCUAUCAUUGACGUUAAAUAAAGAGACAGAGACACAAUUACCAUUAACAAAUCCAACAAAUUGUGUCCAGGUUAACAACGUUCUUGACCUAAGUAAAAAUAACAGUGAUUUGAUUGCUUGCACAGUGGUCUGGAAGGACGGACAAAAAAUAAGACGAUUUUUAGUUAUCGAUGUCAUUCAAUUAAUUCUUGUUGAACCUGACACGAGAAAAUUAGGAUGGGGUGUAGCAAAACUAGUGGGAUUUCUUCAGGACAUUGAAGUCGCUGGUGACAAAGAUGAUUCCCGGUGUCUUCAUUUGACUAUUCACAAACCGAGUAGUAGUUCUACUAACAAAUUACCUCUUCUUUCGGCAAAGUUUAUUUUUGAUGACCACAUACGGUGUAUGGCUGCUAAACAAAGAUUAAGCAAAGGACGCAUCAAAGCACGACAGAAGAAGAUGAGUCAAAUAGCCCGACUUCUAGACAUUCCGACAAAUCUUCCAAGCUGUUCAACUCCUCCAAAUUACGCUUUAUUCGGUAUUCGUCAUGAACGAAUAGCUGGAAGAGGUCAAAGACCAAAAGACCAGCCCCGACCAAUGUUUAUGGUCAACAAAGUGCCAGGAUUCGCGGCGCAAAUGCGCAAAGACACGCCGAUGAGACCUCGGCGUGACGAUGCCAGCCCAAGUGGCAGCGGUAGAUCUCAAGACAGCAUGAGAUCCCGCGACAGCUCACCCAAGAUGCCGAGACCUCGUAGUGAAGAGAUACCACUUGAAGAUAUGCGUCUUAGAAAAUCUUCAUUGACCGUCAACGGAUCUGCCAGUUCAUCUGAUAGGGAUGAAAUACCUGUAUUAAAUUUAUCAAUAAAUAAUGAUUUGUCUGUGAUUAAUAAACGCUCUGAAGAAACGUCAUUCACUUCAACGCAAGGUCAAUCACGUCGAAAAAAAAAAGGUCAAGUAGAGACUGUGUAAAUGCUUAACUUAAAAAUAAUAAAAUAUUUUAAUUUCGUUGUAUUA